AUGACGCAGUUUUUGCCGGAUAAUUUACUGGCUUUGUUUGAAGCACGGCCGCCACUACCGUAUAAACCACCACCUGAUGAAUUACUUAUUGACCGGAAACGACCUAAAAUGUCCGGCUUGUCGGAAUACAUCCAUCUUUUUGAAGACCCUAAGGAUACGCCAGCAAAACCAGUCUAUGAAUCAAAAGAAGAAAGACGAGCUCGACGGCGAAAAGAAAAGGAAGAGUUGUUGGCGUAUAAAAUUGAACAAGGCAUUGCAACAUGGAGUCCAGCUCAAAAUCCAAGUGCAACCGUCGAUCCAUAUAAAACUCUGUUUGUAGCUCGAAUAAAUUACGAGACUUCGGAAUCAAAACUUCGGCGAGAAUUCGAGCAGUUUGGAAAGAUCACGCGUCUAGUUUUGGUUCAUGAUAAGAAUGGAAAACCAAGAGGUUACGCCUUUAUCGAAUAUCAGCAUAAAGAGUCGAUGUCAGGUAAUUUCUAA